UCAGCCACUAUUUUCUCUCUCAUUACUCAUUCCUCCGUCUAUAAAAUCUAUUUCCAUCAUCAACCCAAAUUUCACUUACCAAACACAAGUACACAACACAAAAACAUAAACACAAACACAACUGAGUGAUGAAGCAAGCUCAGAUGUUCAGACCACCAGAGACUCCAAUGGAGCCAAUGGAGUUCUUGUCUCGUUCUUGGAGUGUCUCUGCUCUUGAAGUCUCCAAAGCCUUGGCCCCACCUCCUCCUUUACUCGCUAAAACCAUCAGCGCCGGUGGUGGUGCUGCUGCUGGCACCAUUUUCGAGGACCUUGCCGGCGAGUUGGAGGAAGUCAUGACUGUUUCCGGCAACCCUUUCUCCUUUGCUUCUUCUCAAACCUCACAACUUAUCAUGGAACGUAUCAUGUCUCAGUCUGAGGUUUCACCAAGGACAUCUGGAAGACUUUCACACAGCAGUGGUCCACUGAAUGGCUCUCUCAGUGAUAGCCCCCCUGUUUCGCCCUCUGAAAUGGAUGACCUUAAGUUUGGUCGUAUGAAUAAUAAUGUAAACAGCCAGUUCAGAGGCGGUGCCCCUAGUGGCGCCCCUCCUGCUGGAGGCGGGAAGACAGUAGGAAGGUGGCUAAAGGACAGAAGAGAGAAAAAGAAAGAGGAAGCAAGAGCUCAAAAUGCACAGCUCCAUGCUUCGGUUUCAGUGGCUGGAGUUGCUGCUGCUAUUGCAGCGAUUGCUGCUGCAACAGCUGCCUCAUCCGCAACAGGAAAAGAUGAACAUAUGGCUAAAACUGACAUGGCAGUGGCUUCUGCUGCCACACUGGUUGCAGCCCAAUGCGUUGAGGCUGCAGAGCAAUUAGGUGCAGAGCGUGAUCAUCUAGCAUCAGUUGUUAGUUCAGCAGUUAAUGUUCGUUCUGCUGGUGAUAUCAUGACGUUAACAGCAGCCGCAGCUACUGCUCUGCGUGGUGUGGCCACGUUGAAGGCUAGAGCACUGAAGGAUGUGUGGAACAUAGCUGCAGUGAUCCCUGUUGAGAAGGGAAUGAAUAUCAGUGGCAAUGGGGGAAGUAAUAACAGUUCAAAUGGUAGCUUCAGUGGUGAGUUACUCCCUGAAGAAAAUUUUCUUGGUAUUUGCAGUCGGGAAUUACUUGCCAGAGGUUGUGAGCUCCUUAAGCGCACGCGUAAAGGUGAUCUUCAUUGGAAAAUAGUAUCUGUUUAUAUCAACAGGGUGGGCCAGGUGAUGCUGAAAAUGAAGAGUAGACAUGUUGCUGGGACCAUCACAAAAAAGAAAAAGAAUAUGGUGUUGGAGGUGAUCAAAGAUAUGCCAGCGUGGCCAGGGCGCCACUUGCUCGAGGGUGGUGAAUAUCGUCGAUACUUUGCGUUGAAGACAGUGUUGCGCGGGGUCGUAGAAUUCGAGUGUCGAAAUCAGAGAGAGUAUGAUAUAUGGACUCAAGGUGUUUCAAGACUGCUUGCCAUUGCUGCAGAAAAGAAAAGCAGGCAUAAAAUUUGAACAGUACAAGAAUGGGUAGAAUUUCUAAUGGGACAACUGGGAAUAGUAUAAAUUGUCUUGUUUUGCUUUUGGGACUAACCAUAUGGUCUUAAAAUUUGGUGGGGUGUUUUUCUUUGUCUUUUCUCAUUUUUGUUGGUAAUUCUGUGGUGUAAAAGGUGUAAUUAAAGUAUUAAGUUAUCCAAAUGGUCCUUUUUUGGGGGGAUUUAAAGUA